AUGGAGGAAUUGGUUUAUACAUCAGAGAGAUCUGGAUUUAUGAAUCUGUGUUUGGCACAGAGAAAAGAUGGUGGAGUUCCGUUCAUUUCUUCGAUUCAGGCUGUUCCGACAGGCGAUGAUUUGUAUUCGAAAAUGGAAUCAAAUGAAACUUUUCGGCUUGUUGCUCGGAUUAGCUAUGGGGUGGAUGAAGAUGGGAUUUUAUCAACCGACGAUGAUUACGAGAGGAUAUGGACAUCGGGAAAGACUCCCCCAAAUUGCAACAACGUAGGGGUGACUCCCGAUUUCGAAUCGCCAGAAAACGAUCCACCACCGUCCGUCUUAGAGGAAGCCAUUGAAUCCGUCAACGUUUCUUCUCCUAUCAUCCUCACCGUCGAUUUCCCUAAAUCUUCCUCGUCGUCCCAAUCGGCUUACUUCGUCCUCUAUUUCACCGAAGUGGAGGAUCUCUUUGACCAGAAGAAUAGAACCAUCAAUAUUUUCAUCGAUUCGGUGCUAAUGUCCACGAUUACUACUACCGUUUUAAAAUGUACAGUGGUUACUCUGUUUCCGGUUGAUGUUAGGGGGUCGACAGCGAAGGUGACGCUUGCCGCUGCAAAUUCCUCCGCCAACCUCCCACCGUUGAUCAGUGCUAUGGAGGUUUUCACCAAAGUUAUCGCCACCGGCGGCGUUGCUGGCAGCAACGGGCCAUCUCAAUUUACUUUCUUGUCAUCUAUUUUGAUGAUUUGUGUUUCUGUUUUGGUCAAUUUAUUGUGAUUAUCUCUUUUAUUUUUU